CACGAAUGCACGGCCGCGAACGCGCUCCGUACACACACGACACGACCAAAGGCGACGAGGACGAGGACGAGGACGGCGGAUCGUGAUGGUUGGAACGACGGGUCGAGCGUAAAGUCAGUCCGAGUCGUACGAAGCUGUCGAGUCGCGUCCACGCAGUCGUCAUCCGCUCGUCCGUUCCGUUUCUCCUCUAGCCGACGCGCGGCAAGAUUCUGCGAAAGGUCACCCACCCGCCACGAUGAGCGACGAGGGAUACGAUCCGUGCGAGUGCAUGUGGAAUUACAUGUCCGUGCAGCAUCUACUUUCCAUCCUACGACAAUCGCAGGAUUAUUGUUCGGACACCGAAUGCUUCAGCGUGUCAAGAAUUCCAGGACCGCAGACAAAUGUUCGGGAACCUUCCGAUUUCCUCUUCACUUGCUUAAUCAUUGGCUUUAUCGUUCUUCUGUACGCAUUUAGACCGAGAACUUUGCGACACUCGAUCAGGAACGUUGUCAAGAACAGCAACGAGCCCGGUUCACACGGGGAUGGUCCGCCUCCGCCGUCGACGAUGAAUUAAAUGACGCCGGGACUCUUGUCAUUCGAGGUUUUAUACACCUGGAUUUGUGGUAAACUUAUAACAGAGAUAGGAAGAAUUAUGGUAUAUAGAUAUUAAUAAAUAUAAUAUACACGUUGGCGGGAUCUGUCACUUUGGUUUUUGGAAGCGCAACUUCCUUACACAUUGAUAAUUGCAAUUUUACACAAUAUAAGGCGCGUGUGCAUCUCCUUUCUCUUUCAACUUUCCUUUGUAAUUACGCGCCUGGAUUAUAUAGCAUCACACAAAGUACUUUUAUCCGGACUUUCUGAAAGAUAUUAUUGAAGUUCAACAAUUACAUCACUAACAUGAGAUCUCUAGCGUUCUGCCGUUCGUCUUUUAAUACGCGGGUAAUGGCGAAUUGCAAUUAAUAAAAUAAUAGGACCCGCUCGUGCGCGAUAACAAGAACGUAUUCUACGCGUAUAUAAUUUAAAAUCUUAAUAUAAAAACAAUAAAAAUAUGAAGUACCUGCGAACGGAUAGUCAUCCAAUGAAAUUAUUUACUUGGUAUUUAUAUUCAAGAAAUUAUGAGUAUAUCCAGAAUCUACUCGGAGUCGCAAAAGAUAAUUUGUGGUAUAAAGAAUCUCCUACAUAUGAUCACCGAAUGUACAAUUAUCUGCUGUAAAUAAUACAACGAUAGUAAUGUAUGAUAAUUGAGAAUUUCGGAAUCUUAGGUGGUUUAUCAAGAAACAGUAUUUGUAUUUUUUCGUAACGCGAUUAUAUAAAAAAGAUGGAAGAGACCCUCUAUCUUUUUUGGUGCAAUAUAAAAUCGAUAUUUAAAAAUUAUACUUUGUUACCCAUGAUAAAAAAGAAAGAAUAUUUAUAGUUUUAUAAUAUAUUUCGAUACGCAUAUUAUAUCAUUCAAAGUGGAGAUAUUUUGUUACAUCCGACGUUUUACACAAGUAAAAAAUUACAGAUUUAAAGAUAUAUAAGUAUAAAUAACGAUUAUUAGUAGUAUAUAACACGAUUUUCUCCCGUAAUAGAUAUGGUGAAAUGUUUUAUACUGAUGUUGUUUAACACUGUACAUUCCCCAUAUUUUCGAUAAUAAAACUGAUUCUCCGCAUUGCA